CAAUCAGACUUCAAAAGGAAAAAUAUUAAUAAGAAUUUAUACGGCUGCGCCUCGUGGCAAAACCGCUUCUGUGCGGACAAAGCACAGACACGUCCUCUCCGAUUAAGCUUCUCAGUUGUUAAUCUUUGCUUAUAAAUUUCUCCCAAUAUUCUAAACCCUUCAGUUGAAGCGAAGUAGCGAACCAAAACAAAAUAAAAAGUACAGAAAUGCAAGUCGUGAAAGCUCACAGGGCUUUUUAUAACAAUGGUUUGGUUAAUUCCUUAAGGUUUGUACGGUACAUGGCGACGCGCUGCAGGGCUGUGGUGCUGCCGCGAUUCGGUGGGCCGGAGGUGCUGGAGCUCCGGCCCGAUGUGGAGGUUCCCGAUCUCAAGCCUAAUGAGGUUCUUGUUAGAACCAGAGCUGUCUCUAUCAAUCCACUUGAUACAAGAAUGCGAUCAGGCUAUGGUCGUUCCUUAUUUGAACCUCUUCUACCUGUCAUUUUGGGUCGUGAUGUUAGUGGUGAAGUAGCAGCAACUGGAUCUUCGGUGCGGUGUCUGAGUGUAGGACAGGAAGUUUUUGGUGCAUUGCAUCCAACUGCUGUGAGGGGUACUUAUACUGACUAUGCAGUUCUUUCAGAGGAUGAACUCACACUAAAACCUGUAUCAGUUACUCAUGUGGAAGCAAGUGCAAUUCCUUUUGCUGCGCUGACUGCAUGGCGUGCUCUAAAAGGCACUGCUAGGAUAACAGAGGGGCAAAGGUUAUUAGUUAUAGGCGGUGGAGGAGCAGUAGGUUUUUCUGCAAUUCAACUUUCAGUAGCUGCUGGGUGCCAAGUUGUCACUACUUGUGGAAGCAAAAGCAUAGAUCGAGUGCUGGCAGCUGGUGCUGAACAAGCUGUUGACUAUACUGCAGAGGACAUUGAAUUGGCAAUAAAGGGAAAGUUUGAUGCUGUAUUGGACACUAUUGGUGGACCAGAGACAGAAAGAUUAGGCAUCAAUUUUUUGAAGAGGGGUGGACAUUAUAUGACCCUUCAUGGUGAGGCGGCAUCAUUGGCAGAUGCAUAUGGACUAGCAGUUGGGCUUCCUGUUGCUACAGCUAUUUUAUUGAAGAAACGGCUUCAAUACUGGUAUUCUCAUGGAAUAGAAUAUUCGUACUCGUAUAUGCGUGCUGAUGCAGAAGGUCUAGAUGAGAUUCGCAGACUGUCCGAAGCUGGAAAGUUGAAAAUACCUGUGGACAAAACAUUUCCUAUAAUACAAGUGAAAGAAGCUCAUGAGGCUAAGGACAAGAGGCUCAUUCCUGGUAAAGUGGUGCUCGAAUUUGACUGACUAAUUUCCGGAAGCUUAUACUGAUCAAAUCUCAGUGAUAGAACCCAUCAAUUCUUUGAAGGUUUUUUUACUCGUAGUCAGAAGGUAAUUUCUACAUAUUUGAUCAGUCUACUACACUCAUUAGCAAAGAUAGUUUUGAGAAUGAUAACAAUAAAAAUCCAUUAAAGAAAUUGUAGAUGUUUGAGAAGGGUUUACUCUCAAGUGGUGGUAGGGCUGUGAGAGGAAAGAUCUUUGGUUGAGAACUUACCUAUAUGGCACAAACAUUGGUUUUAGAAUAAUCUCUUUUUUAUGUAUAGUUGAACCAUUUGAAUGAAUUUGAUGUGGGACAGAAUAAUAAAACUAUCUACACCCAGUUUUGAGUA